CCCAAACCAAACCCGUUCCAGUAGGAACUUUUCGGGUCGUCCCGAAAUCACGUCGAAAACCCUAAACCCUAGAAUCCGUAAUCCUUCACAUUUCUGUUCUUCGAUUGUAACAAAAUACCGUAAACCCAGAAAUGCAAUUCAGUAAUCGUCUUAUACAUUCACUCAGAAGCAUUAACCGGAAACCCCAUGAGUAUGGGUUUUUCAUGCAAUUCAAAGCAUCAAUUUCAAGCCUGAAAGUGGCAUGGCGGAAGGACCCAAAGCUAGACCAAGCAAUUGAAAACGACAAGAAGUGGAAGCAGUGUGCAAGAGUUGUCAAGGAAGUGCUAAACGAGCCGGGUCAGGUAAUCCCUCUUCACUAUUUAGAGAAACGUCGUGAAAGAUUGGGGUUGCAAGUAAAAAUCAAAACUUUUCUUGAUUGGAACCCCGGUUUGUUUGAUUUAUAUCUGGAUCGGGUCAGACCCAAAUCUGAACCGGUCUCAUUUGUUCGACCCAGUGAAAGACUAAGACAAUUCUUGGAAGAGGAGAGUAGGAUUUUUGUUAAUAAUGAAUCUUUAUUGGUUUCUAAAUUAUGCAAACUUUUGAUGAUGUCUAAGGAUAAGGUUGUAAGUGCAGAUAAAUUGGUACAGGUGAAGAGGGAAUUCGGGUUCCCGAAUGAUCUUUUAGUAAAUUUAGUGCCAAAAUAUCCGGAAUAUUUUAACUUAAUUGGUGAACCUGGGGAGGGGAAAUCAUUUUUGCAAUUGGUUAAAUGGAACCCAGAGUUUGCGAAGUCGGUGAUUGAGCUAAGAGCUGAGGAAGAAUCAAGGUUAACAGGAAUCAGAACUAGGCCAGCAUUUAACUGGAAACUUCCACCAGGUUUUUUCAUUAGGAAGGAAGUAAGAGAGUGGAUUCGAGAUUGGAUGGAGCUCCCUUAUGUAUCACCAUAUGAUGAUGUAUUGCAUUUGGACCAAUCUUCACGAGAGAUGGAGAAGAGGAAUGUGGGGGUUUUCCACGAGCUGCUAUCGCUUUCUCUUUAUAAGAGGGUUCCCAUUCCCAUUUUAGGCAAGUUUAGUGAUGAGUAUAGGUUCUCAAAUGCAUUCUCAAAUGUAUUUACUAGGCAUUCGGGGAUAUUCUAUACUUCGUUGAAGUGUGGGAUUAAAACUGCAAUGCUUAGGGAAGCAUACAAGGAUGGUGAGCUGAUAGAUCGAGACCCACUUCUUGAGAUUAAAGACAGAUUUCUUGAGUUACUUGCUGAGGGCCACAAACAGAAAGAUGAGCUCUUGAGAUUGCAGAGAGAGAUGGUUCAGAAGGACAUGGAAAUGAUGGCAGUCAGCAAUAAUGAUCUAGAUUAUCACAAAUGUGAAGAGGAGGAAGAUGCAGUGAUUUGAUUGCUAACGUCAUCUUGAAAGGCAGGCUGGGUGUAUGUAUAAUUGCUAGUGAUGAUAGAAAAGGAGGGCUAGUAUGUAGUUUUGCAAGCCAAACCCCGAUAUAAUUUCCUGGGUUUCUGUGAGGGGAUUUUCAUUUUGAAGAUGCUACAAUUCAGAGAGGACUCUUUUUUAUAAAAGAAGCCAAAGGAUGCCUUGCAUAUGAUUCAGUUGUUUAUAUCAAGUCAUUCUUUCUCCGCAAAAUUAUACUUGCCUCAGGAUCUGGGUUUUACCACACGCUUAUGCAAACUCUUGUUAUAAUGGUGACUGCCGACUCCCAAAGCAGAGAGUUCUGGGAAAUGUACCACUGCUCAUUUUCAGUUAUAUUAUCAAAAUGAAUAUGAUCUAGUAAACACUGUGUUGCUAAGCAACUGCAUCUUUUCAAAUUUUCGGGACAAUUUGUUGAGAAGCACAGCUUCACAAAUUUGUAUCGACAUUCUCAGUUUGAAAAUUAAUUGCUUCAUAUGGGAAUCUAUGUUUGACCUGACAAUCUUCUCUUUUUCUUCAAGCUGACAACUAUUCAACAUGGUUUGAGACCAACUGUGACUGGAGUCUUACAUUUUAUAAACCUUCUUUGGCAUGCAUCUCUUUCUUUCUCUCCACUCCCUUACCCUCACAUCUCUCAUUUUUAAG